CUUGAACCUAGUCAGAUGGAUGUAGUAAUGGAUAAAUCAUGGAUUGAUAUACCAAGGAAUACAAUAGAAUAUCUAGAUGGAUUAAAUAAAUUAUGCUUAUGACAUUUUUCAAAAUAACCCGAUUCUGCUAACAGGGUUCAUGCUAGUGUAUCAAGAUUCCAAUCUAAAUGCAUGUUAUUAUUGCUUCAUGUUUACUGUAUAUAUUGUUGACCACGAUGAGAUUUAACAUGAAUGGUUAAUCUAUGCAUUUGAGCAUAUAUUUUUCCAUUCAGUCCAAAAUUUUAAAGUCCACUCAUUGCGGGUUUUCCAAGGCUUGUACGGAUCGGAAAUCUCGGGUGUCAGCGCAUUGUAUCUCAACACACUCAUAGUCUUAUUGAUUGCGUUGUACAAUAAAGCACUUAUUAUUUUCAGGUAGCAAAGGUCCAGAGCCUGACCUUUUACUGGUUUAUGGACCUGUGAGGAGCCAUCUUGGUUUUCCUGCAUGGAGACUUCCUUACACAGAGAUCAUUUCAAUCUUUCCCUCUAUUUCGAUUGCAAGUUUCACCGCAUAUACCUGUUCGUUUGCCAUGAACUCCAUGUUGCAGUGGUAGCAACGACUUUUUCAUGCUAGAAAGGAACUCGAUUUGGACUCAGGAGUGUGCAGGAGCAUCCAUGACUGAAACUACUCAAGUAUAUUUCCUUUUGUGCAUGCAUCUUCAGUGACCGUGAAAUGGCUUCCAAGAGCAUGAGGCAAUCGAAUUAUCUGUGGUGGUUGUGCAAUUUCAAUUUCAAUCCAAAUAUAACCUAUCAACGCUUUUCGCACCUAAACAACACCAUAGAUUCGAGGCAAUACCUUCCAGAUCUCAUUAGAAGCUUCUCAAUUAUUGCACAUGUGCAUCAUGGCAAGUCCACCCUUGCUGAUGGGCUACUAGAACCCUCUAGAACCAUUACGAAAAGCCCUGGCCAACCUCAACAUCUUGAUAAAUUGCAGGUGGAGAGAGAAAGUGAAAUCACAGUUAAAGCACAGGCAAAAACAAUGCUCUAUAUGCAUAGCAUAAAUAGUGAUGAUUGUAGUGGUGGAAAGGAAUCACCUACUUCUUCGCCGAAUGUUAUUGGCACUCCUGAAUCAUGUUCACUAAUCACAAUUGAUGUUGAGACACUCACCAGAACCAUCAAUGAGCACCCUUUCCCACUGCAACCCCUUCAUCCUACACUUCUCCACCUCCUCCCUCCUUGCACCUUCAGCACUUCCCUUGUGGAAAACAUUCUUGGGCGCUUGUUUGCUUCGCAUUGCAAUGGCCUCAAGGCCUUGGAGUUUUUCAACUACUCCCUCAUCCAUUCCCACUCACCCCUAAGUCCUGCUUCACUGAACAUGACCCUCCACAUCCUCACUAGGAUGCGUUAUUUUGACAAGGCUUGGGCCUUGUUGCGAGACAUAUCAAUAACCCAUCCUUCUUUGCUCACCCAUAAGUCAAUGAACAUUAUGCUUUCCAAAAUUGCCAAAUUUCAGUCCUUUGAGGAUACCCUUGAUGGGUUUAAAAGAAUGGAGAAUGAGGUGUUUGUUGGCAUGGAGUUUGGAACAGAAGAGUUCAAUGUGCUUCUUAAAGCAUGUUGCACUCAAAGGCAGAUGAAGGAGGCCAAGUCUAUGUUUGCGAAGCUGGUGCCACGGUUUAGUCCUAAUACUAAGUCCAUGAACAUUCUCCUCUUAGGAUUCAAGGAAUCAGGUGAUGUUACUUCUGUCGAGCUUUUCUAUCAUGAAAUGGUCAAGCGUGGUUUUAAUCCGGAUGGUGUGACAUUUAAUAUUAGGAUUGAUGCUUACUGUAAGAAAGGUUGUUUUGGUGAUGCUUUGAGACUUCUGGAGGAGAUGGAGAGGAGGAAUGUUGUCCCUACUAUUAAGACUAUAACUACUUUGAUUCAUGGAGCAGGGUUGGUUCGAAAUAUAGGCAAGGCGUGGCAGUUGUUUAACGAGAUUCCUUUGCGAAACUUGGUUGCUGAUACUGGUGCUCAUAAUGCAUUAAUCACUGCUUUGGUUAGAAAUAAAGAUAUUGAAUCUGCUUUAUCCUUGAUUGAUAACAUGGUUGAGAAAUGCAUUGAACUAGACAGUGUGACUUACCAUACAAUGUUCUUGGGAUUGAUGAGGUCAAGAGGGAUUGAAGGUGUGAGUGAGCUUUACCAGAAGAUGACUCAGAGGAAUUUUGUUCCAAAAGCAAGGACAAUUGUGAUGCUUAUGAAGUAUUUUUGUCAAAAUUAUCGACUUGACUUAGGUGUAUGUUUAUGGAAUUACCUGGUGGAGAAAGGGUAUUGCCCCCAUUCUCACGCUUUAGAUCUUUUAGUCACUGGAUUAUGUGCAAGGGGUUUGGUGCACGAUGCUUUUGAGUGCUCCAAACAAAUGUUGGAGAGAGGAAGGCAUAUGAGUAGUGCAUCAUUUUUGAUGUUGGAGAGAUUUUUGUUGCAGACAGGUGACUUGGACAAGUUGAAGGAGCUUGACCAAAUGAUUAAAAAAUUGCAAAGUGUCUUACCACCAUCUAGAGGACACGCAACUGGUAUUUCUACCUCUGGGUUAUAGUGUAGCAUCAUUUAAUUUCAAAUCGUAAGAAGGUAAAUGAUUUUGAUUCAUGGUCAUUCCUGAUUGGGAUGAUAUAGUUUACUCAUGUGCCAAGGAUAGAGCUAAAGUAUUUGGAACAAAGAAAAUGAAAAGAAAGGAGAUCAUAGUGUGACUAUUGACUUAGAGGAAUCGAGUUCUAGAGAAAAAAAAAUACUAGCACAAGUAAGAGUGGAGAAAGAAGUAAUUAGAGUGGAUGAUUUCCUCAAUAAAAAAAAAAGUGGUUGAGUCAUCGAAAGAAUUUGUAGAAGUAAUUAAAAAUAAGAUAGAGAUAGAAAAAGUUGAAGAAGUUAUAAAUAAAGUAUUGAAUGAGUUGAAGAAUAUACCUUGUAUCGGUACGGCUUAAAGCAAUAUUAUAUGCACUUAACCAUAGUAUGCUUCCUAUCGGUUGUUGUUUUGAAGGUGUUGCUUUGUAUUUUAUAUUUUCUAUCUAUUAGCUUGACUGGAAGGCAUGUUCUUAGUUA